CCCUCCUCUUCUCUCACUCUCUCCCACUCUCCCCAUGAAUCCAUGAUGGAUGAUGAUCGAUGAUUGAUUCCUGGCAGGCGCAUGAUGGAGAAGGAAAGGUGUCCGUGGAUCUGCACUAGCGCCAGACUUACUGUAGCCGAGCCCCGAAAGUACCGUUGGUUUUCCAUCGGCCGAUCUGUCGGCCUCCGUACGACGCAGUUACGUACGCCUGCUGCUGGUCUUUUCAGGAGCGCUGUCUGGGCAAUUUAUUUUCCUUUUCUUAUUUCCGCCGUAUUAUUAUUUCUGCUCUCUAUAUUGCUCCGUUCGACGAACGGAGGUGUUUCCUACUUCUAUACAAGAUUCCACUAGCUUAUAGUCGACGGAAGAAUAACAGGAAGAAAUGUCUCCGACCUGAAUCCUUUCAUCUGCUUUGAUGUCAUGGGUCGAGUCCAGGGUUUCGCUGAUUCAGCCAGCG